AAAAUAUUGUUGCCAUAGAAAAUGAGUGCGGAAGAAGUUGUAAAGCUCUUGGAUUCGUAUUGGUUUGAGAGAAGAUUUUUGUCUCACAACCCGAUGGAUGCACCAACAAAGGCAGCUGAUCAGGAAGUGGAAGAAGAAGCAAAAUAUUCAGGGUUGCCGCGAACCCUCCAUGUGAGGUCACUAAGUGAUCAAUUGUCGAGCUCAAGAAGAAGCUUUUCCUAUGGUUCCCUCUCUAUCUCUUCCGUCUCACUUAUGUCCACACCUCCAAAGUUGCAAACAAUUCUUUCUGACAAACAAGUCUUAGAAUUCUCUAAAGAGGAAGAGAGGGUUAAGAAGAGAGAGAGUGAAAGAAAAAGGAGAAAACUUGCAAGCGCUAAGAGCUUGUCAGACCUCGAGUUUGAGGAGCUUAAGGGGUUUAUGGAUCUGGGUUUUGUGUUUUCCGAGGAAGAGAAGGAUUCCAGAUUGGUUUCAAUCAUCCCCGGCCUGCAAAGACUGGGAAGGAAAGGCAGUGGAGAUGGCGAGGAAGAGGGAGAAAUUAAUGAGACUUUGGUUUCAAGGCCUUAUUUGUCCGAGGCUUGGGAUGUUUUGGGUCGUCUAAAAAACUGGAAAAUUCCAGCUCCAGGUAAUGAAAUGGAUAUGAAAGAUCAACUCAGGUUCUGGGCUCAUACAGUUGCUUCAACUGUGAGAUAACCAACACUAACUCUUUCAUUCCGCUCCCCCCUUAAUUUGUUCUUGGGUUUUUUAUUUAUUUAUUUAUUUAUUUAUUUUAUUUAAGGAUGCCUUUCUGUUGAAACUCUG